AUGAGAUAUUUUGUUUUGCAGCUGAUAACUAACGACAAGUUCUCGAGCGUGGAGCAUAGGGUACGGGCAAACAGAGAUGGUCCGAGGAUUUCAGUUGCGUGCUUCUUUAGCUCGAACCUGUUUCCAAAUUCCACUGUUUAUGAACCCAUCAAAGAGCUUCUGUCUGAUGAAAACCCUGCCAAGUACAGAGAUAUGACCAUACCAGAGUACACUGCAGGAUAUCUUGCGGGUGGAUUCAAUGGAAAAUCACAUUUGUCUAAUUUUAGAAUAUGA